AAAGCGGCAAAGAGAGAAACCGUUGAAUGUAGCAUGGCGAAAUCCAUUCCUUCCGAAUUCUUGCUCUCUCAUCUCAAUGUUCAACCUCUCACUUCACCAAAAUUCACCUUUCGCAGUUCGGUUUCUUUCUCUAUUACCAUUCUGCCGGAAAAGCCAAGAGUUAAAGGCCUUGAAUUCGAUACUAAUAUCACGUGGAUUAAUCGGGAACGAGUCCUUAGUCGAUCACUUCAUCAACCACUGCUGCCGUCUGGGUUCUCCAGAUUUAGCUCUCCCCGCAUUUAGAAUCGUCCAGAAACCGAGUCUUUACUCGCAGAAUUUACUUCUCAGGAGUCUGUGUGAUAAUGGGCUGUUCGAAGAUGUGGUGUCUGUGUACAAGAAAUCUCGAAAUUCCGGAUCUCCCUCGAAUAAUUACAGUUUCCCUUUUGUGAUCAAAGCGUGUGCUGCACUGCGCGAUGUUUGGUUCGGUAGUAUGAUGUAUUGCGUUGCUUUGAAAGAUGGGUUUGGAGGGAAUCUGGUUGUUCAAACUGCACUUCUUGAUUUCUACUUCAAAAUUGGUGAAAUUGGGAAUGCACGCAAGGUGCUUGAUGAAAUUCCGCAACCGGAUUUGGUCGUUUGGAAUGCGAUGAUUUCUGGGUAUUCCGUUAAUGGCUUUGAUUGUGAGGCUCUUCGGGUUUUCCGGGACAUGUUUGUCGCCGGUAUGAAGCCCAAUUCUAGCACAUUAGCGACUGUACUUCCCGUCUGCUCUCGUGUUGAAGAAGUUGAUCGUCGUUUUGGUGUCUGUCUUCAUGGAUUGGUUUAUAAACUUGGAUGCAUUGAGGAGGAAUCUCUAGCACCUGCCUUGAUCUCGAUGUAUUCUAACUGUGGGGAUCUGUCGGCAGCUGAAGAGAUUUUUGAUGCUUCAACAAGAAGAGAUGUCGUUGUUUGGAAUGCCAUGAUAUCUGCUUACACGCGGAGUCAUGCUCCAAGAAAGGCUGCUGCAUUGUUUCGGAGAAUACUAGUUGAUGAGAUAAAGCCGAACAUGGUGACUUUUGUGUCUCUGCUUCCCUCUUGUGAGAAUAUUGGGAGUGUGGAGUCUUUCCAUGCUCAUGUGUUUAGAUUUGGAUACGACAGAGAGGCCUCUGUCGUCACAGCUCUGGUGUCUGUAUAUGCCAAGCUAGGGGAGAUGGAUUCAGCUGAGUUCCUCUUUCGUGACACGAAAGUGAGGAGCCUCCUGUUGUGGAAUUCAAUGGUUUCAGCACAUGCUGGUCACGGCUUUUGUGAGCAGAGUUUGGAAUUGUUCCGUCUCAUGCAGGCGGAUGGUUUUGAUCCGGAUGCAAUCUCGAUUGUUAGCCUCCUUAAGUCGUGCUCUCAGCUCGAGGCAGCCAUGCUGGGCAAGUCUGCACAUGCUUUUGUUAUUAGAAGGGGUAUUGAUUCGAACCUCAGUUUGCUCAAUGCGUUUUUGGCGUUUUACUUUGAUAGCUCUGAGAUGGUCUGCUGUUUCAGGAUAUUCGACAGAAUGGCUCUCAAAAGUGUUGUCACGUGGAACACAAUGAUCUCUGGAUGCAUAGACGAAGGCGAAUUAGAGAGAGCAAUGCUCUUAUUCCAUCACAUGAGGCAAGAAGGGUGCAAAUUUGACAUGGUUACCUUGAUAAGCAUCCUUCCCUCUUGCCAUGUGUAUUCUCGAGGUUCACUACUCGGUUCAACUAUCCAUGGCUAUGCUAUCCGAACUGCUCUGGCAAGCGAUGUUUCCUUAGGUAAUGCUCUUGUCAGCAUGUAUAUCAACUGUGGAGAGCUUGAUGCAGCACGGUUGUUCUUCGAUGAUAUGCCACAGAAGAGUGUGGUGUCUUGGAAUGCUAUUUUGACCGGCUAUCGUCUCUACAACUUGCAAAAGGAUGCCAUUGAAUUGUUUCAUGAUAUGAUAGAGGAGGAUGAUCAAAUGCCAAGCUGUGUGACUUUGUUGAAUGUGUUGCCUGCAUGCGAGGCCCUUCAUCAAGGCAAAUCGGUCCAUGGUUACAUCAUUAGGAGAGUGAUGAUUCCACUUGAAACUCCUCUUCUUACAUCUCUUAUGAUCAUGUAUGCUAGAUUCAAGAACUUGAAGUCCUGCUUGGUUAUGUUCCAUUUUGGGGAUAAAACGAGUAUCUCCGUGUGGAAUGCUGUUAUAUCUGCAAAUCUACUUAUGGAGGAUGGAAACACCGCACUUUCCUUCUUCUGUGAGCUUCUACAUAGCAGAGUAGAGCCGGAUGAGAUCACAAUUCAUAACCUCAUCUCAGCUUGUCUCCACCUCAAGAACUUGAACAUCUCGAAUUCCAUCAUGGCUUAUCUGGUAAAAGAAGGUUUUGACAGAGAUGUGGCGCUUGGAAACUCCUUGAUUGAUAUGUAUGCGAAAACCGGGAGCAUCUCCUCAGCUGGGGUGCUCUUUGACUCGUUGCCACACAAGGACAAUGUAUCAUGGAGCGUGAUGAUAAAUGGGUGCGGACUGCACGGCCAUGGUGAAGAGGCUCUGAGCCUUUACACGCAGAUGAGGCUUUUAGGUUUGAAGCCCGAUAGGAUCAUGUAUAUGAGCGUUUUAUCAGCUUGCAGCCAUGCCGGUAGUGUUGAGCAAGGCAGGAUGGUCUUCAACACUAUGAUACACGAAGGGAUGUUGCCGGGGAGGGAGCAUUACGCCUGCAUGGUGGAUCUUCUAGGCAGAGCCGGGCGGUUGGAUGAGGCGUAUGAGAUAGUGAAGAAUCAGCCUUGUGGGAGUCUCGUUGCAUCUCUACUAGGUGCUUGUCUAAGUCAUGGGAAUUAUGAGCUUGGAGAGGAAGUAGGGAGGUUUCUUCUUGAUUUGAAGCCUAAAGAUUCUGCACCCUAUGUGAUCCUCUACAAUAUCUAUGCAGCUGCCGGAAAGUGGGCAGACGCCAACGACGUGAGGCUGCUGCUGGGGCGGAACCAGCUCGCUAAAGCUCCUGGCAUCAGCCUUGUUUGUUGAUGUAAUGGAAUGGUGCGGAGGGGCCAGACUCAAGUCAGCUCGGGUCUGUUAGGUUUUAAAGAUUUCGAUUUUCUGUUCGAUUCAAAUAUUUAAGAAUCGAUAGGUUUAGGGGUAACCGAUGCAUUAAUAUAUACUAUGUUCUUUAUUUAGCAAUUAGUAUUAUUAAAACACAAUAACACGUUAUUCGGGUGUUAGCACUAUUCGAACUAUAAUUUUAUCGGAUUGAAAAUUUUCA